AUGGAUGUGUCGCUUUCUCCCGAUGUUCUCAAUCAACUCAACACUCCAGAGGCCCGGGCCUUGCACGAUAUCAGCGAUGAUCUAAGUGCCUGCGGCGUUGGCAGAAUUGUCAAUCUUCCUCAGAUUAUCGUCGUUGGCGAGCAGUCUUCCGGAAAAUCUUCAGUUCUCGAAGCCAUUUCUCAUGUCCGCUUUCCGGUUGAGGGAGGCGUUUGCACUCGGUUUGCGACGGAGCUGGUCCUUCGCCAGGCAGAUGAGACUCGCGUUGACGUUAGCGUCAAGUUCUCGGAUCAGUCCAAGGCACCGAAAGCUUUCCAGAGAACUGGUUUCCGCGAACAUGAUCUGCCAGACAUAAUAAAAGAAGCGAAAGAAUGCAUGGGGUUCGCUCGGGCCGGGCAGGCAUUUUCCAAGGACAUCUUGCGACUUGAAAUCCAAGGGCCCAGAAUGUACCCGCUGAGUCUGGUUGACCUUCCUGGUCUCUUCCACACUCGCACCGAAACACAAUCUCUCGAGGACAAGAAGAUUGUCGAUGAGUUGGUGAACAGCUAUAUGCGACAAAAGAACAGCAUUAUUUUGGUUGUUAUUUCUGCAAACAACCAACUAGCGAAUCAUAUAGCGUUGACGACAGUUCAAGACAUCGACCCUCUCGGACAACGGACAAUUGGAGUCAUUACCAAACCUGAUCUCACACGCACUGGGAGCAAUGACGAGCGAACAUACAUCCGCGUUGCCAAGAAUCAAGAGGGGGCAAACAAGUUGCAACUCGGAUGGCACGUUCUACGAAACAGGGCUGAGGACGAGACAAUAAGUCUCGAGGAUCGGGAUGAGAAUGAAGUCAAAUUCUUCAAUACUGGAGCCUGGACAUCAAUUCCCAGCAACGAUCGCGGGAUCCAAAGCCUCCGGCAGAAGCUCAGUCUGAUUUUGUAUAAUCAUGUUCGCAACAGCUUGCCAGGUGUCAUUGAGGAUAUCGAGGGAAAGCUUCGGGAGCGACAAGAGCAGUUUGACCAACUCGGGGUACCUCGGUCGACCCCGGCAGAGAGGCGAUCUUUCCUGCUCACGAUUGCUGAUAAAUUUCAGCGGCUUGCGCGAGACGGAAUUGAUGGCCGCUACAAAGAUCCUUUCUUUGGUGAUAUAGAGGAUGGAGCCUACAAAAUUCGUGCCCAACUUCGGAAUUUCACCCGUGCUUUUGAUCACAUUCUUAAGACCAAGGGAUCAAUGCAAGAGAUAUACUCGGCUGACGAAGAUGAAGAGGAAGAGGAAGACAUCCCUGAGUAUCUUCAGAACCUCCUUCAACAGUAUCAUUAUGACUUUCCGGAUCCCGAGUUCGUCACGAGAAAGGAGCUUAAUGCGCAGCUCCAAAAGCAAGCCGCGGCAAACCAAGGCCGCGAAUUUCCAGGGUCACCAAACCAAGAUCUCGCCAUUCAGAUCUUCAAAGAGCAGGCUGCCCCGUGGAAGAACAUUGCCGAGUUUCACAUUGGUUGCGUCACCCUUGCUACCAAAGCCUUUGUGGAUGAACUAUUUAAGCACAUCGUCGGGCCACCAGAGACCAACAGUACUACAGAUGCCAUUCUAUCCACAUGUGUGGACCCUUUCUUUGAGGAAAAAGAGAACUUGCUCCGAGAAAAGCUUGAAGAAUUGCUGAGGCCGUAUCUCGAGGGGUACGCCGCUCCCUUGGACAACGACUUCUAUCACACCUUGUCCCGAAGGUCGAUGGACAGAUUUACAACCCGGUUUUGUAACAUUAUGAAGGAUGAGUACCCAGAGAUGUUUGAUAAGGACUCCAAGAAGAAGCUUAGCCCUGAGAUGAUCAAUCGGGCGCUUUCUGUUCAUAGAGAACUGGAAGCCGGGGAAUUUGGCACGGACAAGGUCAUUGACAUGAUGAUGGUAUACUACGAUAUGUCACGACGUACGUUUACCGACAACGUAGUCAAUCUGGCCAUUGAAAGUUGCCUCGUCUGUCACAUCCCCGAUAUCCUGACGCCGACAACGGUGGACCGUAUGAGCGAUGCAAGGCUCCACGACUUGGCAGCAGAGUCGCCUGACACGAUCUCUCGACGACAAACCCUGAAAGAGGAGAUUGAUAUCCUGCGCGAUGGCCUCGCGCGAUGUCAGUCUCGCAAACCGAGAGCCAUCACAGGCAAGUAA